GUCCCUCGCCCUCAUUGGCUGCUGCAUCUGUCAGUCAUGCCGUGACGUCACACUGUAUUUUUGUAAGAGGAAGCGCAAGAAACCGCAUCAAACCAAGAACAUACUUGACUUUAUUAAUCAGAUCGACAUCAGCGAAGAGUUUAAUGUGUCUGCAUUUAAAAAAUACGCUUUCCGACGUCCCGAGCAGAAAGUGAAGAAAGUGACUGCCCCACGCGCACCUCAGGAUGCAGGUCAACAGUUAUCUGUACGUGCUCAUCAUCGUCUGUAGUGGAUUAACCCUGUCUGUGCCGACCGGAAACCAAACAGGUCUGGGAUCUGGGAAUGAGCUGCUGCCGCUCCUCCUGGUGUCCUUCGAUGGUUUCCGUGCAGACUAUCUAAACAAUUACUCUUUUCCCAAUCUGGAGAAGUUCUUCUCUGAUGGCGUUCUUGUGCACAAGCUGACCAAUGUGUUCACGACGAAAACCUUUCCCAAUCAUUACAGUCUCGUCACAGGCCUGUACGCCGAGAGCCACGGCAUGCUUGCCAGUGUUAUGUACGAUUCGGUGUCCAAAAAGACAUUCUCAAUUCAGAACGACAGUGAUCCUUUCUGGUGGGACGAAGCCACUCCGAUCUGGGUGUCCGUGGAGGAGUCUGGGUACAAGGCAGCCGCUGCUAUGUGGCCAGGGACGGAUGUCAGUAUUCAAAACCACACAUUAAAAUACAAAUUCAAGUACAACCCCAAAAUGACUUUCCAAGAGAGGCUGGGAAACCUCACACAGUGGAUGACCGCGGACAAAUCUGUGAAGUUUUCCGCUCUGUAUUGGGAAGAGCCCGACAGGAGCGGACACAUGUACGGCCCGGACAACACAACAGAGAUGAGCAGGGUUUUAAAGGAAGUGGAUGGUCACAUUGGCUUCCUGAUGGAGCAGCUCAACAGAACGGGAUUAUGGGGGAAGAUAAACGUCAUCAUCACUAGUGAUCACGGCAUGGCGCAGUGUUCUCAAGAGCGUCUUAUAAAGCUGGAUGACUGCAUCCAUCAGAGCAGCUACAGGGUGGUGGAUCUCACUCCUGUGGCCGCCAUAAUCCCACUGGAAGAUAAUUCGACUGUAUAUAAAAACCUGUCCAGAUGUCACCAUCACAUGAAGGUGUACCUGAAGGAGGAAGUUCCCGAUCGGCUGCACUAUAAAAACAACGCAAGGAUUCAGCCAAUCAUUCUGGUGGCAGAUGAAGGCUGGACGAUCAUCAAAAAUGGCAGACUCCCGCGCCUGGGCGAUCAUGGCUAUGACAAUACAUUUCCCAGCAUGCACCCCUUCCUGGCCGCCCAUGGGCCCGCAUUUCGCAAAGGCUACAAGAUGUCGAGCUUGAACAGUGUGGAUAUCUACCCGCUCAUGUGUCACCUGCUGGGCAUCUUUCCGAAGCCCAACAACGGCAGCUUCGCUCAGGUGCGCUGUGCGCUAGUUAACGAGCAGUGCGGAGAGCUAGCGCUAGCGGUGGGCCUCGUCAUCGGAGUUCUGAUCAUCCUGACCACCUUCACCUGUCUAUUCAAGCUGAUGAAGAACAGAGAUGUCUCGUCUUCACGUCCGUUCGCCCGCUUGGAGUUAGAGGAGGACGAUGAUGACGAGCCGCUGCUGGAAUGAAGCAGUUAUUAGACACAGGGACUGUCUCGGAUGGAGAGAUUUGACUCUAUACAAGCACAUGUUUAAGGAAUAGUUCAUCUAAAUGAUGACUGCAUUUGCAUUUUCAGGUGAACUGUUCCUUUAAAUGCUGAAAUGGUGCCGAUGUGCCAAUCGUAUUGAAACUGUAAGGGAAACAAUUCUGCGAAACACUGAAGGCACAAUAAUGAUGAGACAUGACAAAACAUGUCCUCAACAUUAUCAGCAGCUCUUGAGAUAGAAAUACUUCACAAAUGUUCAUUUUGGAAAUGUCUCGCUCUUUUUCUUAAAGGGAUAGUUCACCCAAAAAUGAAA